AUGAUAGCUCUUCCUACCGACAUUAUUUUCAUGAUAGUAGAUGCCAUCGACGAGUUCAAGGACCGUCGUAAGCUCUUGCAAGUCUGUCGCAGCUGGAGAAGCCUGUUGCUUUCCAAGGUCUACUCUAAACUUACGCUCGACAAUGAUGAAAGCCUGAUCCCUCUGGCACACGCUGCUCGCCUCAACCGGUCGUUAGGAGCCACUGUCCGAGAACUGAGAAUUCUAAACCUCAGCUACAAGGCUGACAAGAAUGGCAUCUAUGAUUAUGAGCUCUUCCGAGAACUUAUCAAACCCUUCACGGUGACCCCUGAAGAUCUCACCGAAGAUGUCUUGGAAGGCGGAAAUGAACAAGUGUGGCUUGUUCUAAUCUUGAUAUCUCUCGAGAACCUCCGAUAUCUUGAGAUGCGUCACCAUUCGUAUGCCGGGGAUCUUACAUUACGAAUACUCGCACAAUUAGAGUCCAAUUCGAUCUGUGUUUUUGGUUAUACGCCUUUAUCGCAUCUCGAAGAGGUCAGCAUUAUGUCGGAGACAGUUUAUCAAAACUUUCCAGCCGCACGAUUUGCCCCAUUUUUCAAACUACCGGCCCUGAGAGUGUUCUGUGCUGCUGGGGUCCACGAAGAACACGAGGGGGAUUAUGCUUCGUUUCCGAUUUCUCUGAAUCUCGAGCCUAAAUCCUCUCAAGUCAGAAAGAUUGUUCUCGGCCAUUCAAACUGCAGACGUGGAAUGAUCGAGUACGUCUCAUCUUGUGCCAAUCUGGAAUACUUCGAGUAUCAGCACUCCAACUCUGCCAAUCACGGGGAUGUGUGGCUAGAUUUUCGGCCACGGCGAUUUUAUACCGCGUUGUUUACCCAAAAGCAUAGUCUACGCGUGCUACGCCUGAACGACUGCGGCAUUACGAAAGGGGUAGACGACCUUGGCAUGGAAGAUGAAGGUAUUUACCAGGGGGACGAUAUGGAAAUUGAGCCUUGGUUCGGCAGUCUGGUCGAUUUCACGGAGCUACGAGAACUGCGUAUACCCGUGCGUAAUCUCUUGGAUUUGGACCACAGACACUUUGGCCUAGGCUCCUCCCUGGAAGAAAUUCUCCCGUGCAGCUUGGAGUAUCUCUGUCUGGCUAAGACUGACCAAGCUGAGUUUGAUACUGUCGAGCCUCAGCUCCGCAGUCUACUUGCUCUCCAGGGUAAAUGCUAUCCUGCUUUGCGAAAGCUGGUGAUUCAGCUUUACCAGAUGGAGUUAAUUCCGGGGAAAGAGCUUAGCAGUGCUAAUAACGAGGGUGACUGUCGGGUUCCACAUAGCACGAAGGAAGUAUUCGAGGAAGUAAGGAGGAUGUGUGAGACAAAGGGCGUUGAGUUCUCCUUUGCCCAUGAUGGGGAAUAUCAAGUACUGGCUGGUGGUAAGCUGAUUCGGGACACCGAGGGAGCUUAG